AUGAAUCCUCAGCAGCAGCAGCAGCAGCGCGCUGCUGCUGCUGCUGCUGCUGCAGGGUCAGCAGCACCCCGGGAUCCCGGGUCAUACCCUGGCAUGCUUGCUGCUGCUGCUGCUGCGCCGCUCAGCAGCAGCAGCAGCAGCAGCAGCGGGAUGUCUGCGCCGCAGAUCACGCUGACCCCUGCGUGUCCGCCUGCCGGGCGGAGCAGCAGCAGCAGCCCGCGGAGCAGCCGGAGCAGCAGCAGCAGCAGCAGCAGCGGCAGCGGCAGCCCCAGCAGCAGCAGCAGCAGCAGCAGCAGCAGCAGCAGCAGCAGCAGCAGCAGGCAGCUGCUGCGCAGCCUGACCUUCCACCGCGUGCUGUACAUCUCCGAGGCCUUCACCAACAAACGCUUCAACCCCAGCAGCAACAUGCUGCGGAAGAACUACGAGAACUUUGUGCUGCUGAAGCACAAGCAGGCCCUUGUGACUCCAGGGCCAAAGAAGGCGAAGGACUUUCCCCGGGGCCUCAUAGUGGCUUACCCUUCGGGCCACAUAAUAUCUGCUGCAACUCGGCAGCACUUUGUGGGUUUGGCUCCCCCCGAGGGUUUCCGCGGCGGCGCCGCGAAGCAGCAGCAGCAGCAGCAGCAGCAGCAGCAGCAGCAGCAGCAGCAGCAGCAGGCGCCAUCAUCUG